AUGGCGUCUCAGACGAAAGCAGAGGACGGCAACCUGUCGGAAGAAUCUACCGGCAAAUUCUUUGGAGAGGUGAUCCGCGACUAUGUGCCGGAUCCGAAAGCUUCCUGGCGCUCGGGGAAGCCUGACUACCUCAUAGUAAAUCGGACCUUCUUCGAGUACCGAUCGCUAGAGCACGAGGUGGGCUCUUUGGAGGCCAUCGUCAGCAAGCUGAUCAAGAACUGGGCCGUGGAAGCGCAUCAUAUCGCCGAUGUUCAGCACUGGAAGACCAUGGACAUCUCGAAGUUCCAGGGUGCCAUCAACGGUGGCUGCCCUUUCAUGGCACAGCACAUGUCCGACUUCGGGGCAUGCAAUCUGUUCUUGGGAGAGUCCCGAGACUACAACUGUAGACUACAUAGCUUCGAGUCCUCCCAGAAGGUGUUUCGCACCGCAUUUCCCAUGGGCUUUGCCUGGGAAUGCCUGGAGGUCUUUUCCGGACCGCCGACUGUCGUCUUCAAGUGGAGACACUUUGGAAAGUACACCGGCGUGUUUACUGACAGAGCUGGCCGCAGAUACAAGGGCAACGGGCAGAUGGUGAGCAUUGUUGGGAUGUGCAUUGCCAAGGUCAACAUGGAGCUGCAGAUCACUGGCAUGGAUGUAUAUUACAACCCGGAAGAACUGACGAAGCUCCUAACCACCAUGGUUGACACCAACUGGCGAGCUCUUUCUGAGGAUCCCGGCGCCACUCGGCAAUUUUAA